CAAAGGGCCCGUGAGGUGGUGGAGUGGCGCAGCUACAUGGAAGAGCAGGACAAGAUAAAAGAAGACCAGCAGGCCAUCGAAGCCAAGCAGAUGCAGCAUCAGGAGAGCUAUAAGAAGGACAGGGAGAGCAUGGCCCAUCUCUCCUGGAGACAGAGGAGGGCGGCCCUGUACCGGGCCAACAAACACAAACUCUCCCACAGGCUCAGUGAGAAAACAGAGAUAGAGGAACUCACACUGCCCAUCAUCGUCAAAGGUGAUGUUGACGGCUCAGUAGAGACUAUUUUGAACGUACUGGAAAGUUACGAUGCUGAUGACCAGUGCGAGUUGGAUGUGGUACAUUUUGGUGUGGGCGACAUCUCAGAAAGAGACAUUAACUUGGCAGAGACGUUCUCAG